AUGGAAAAUGAAAAAACGAAUGAUUGUGAUUUUAUAAUUAAUUGUUUAACAAGAUUACAUUCUCAAGAGUGUCUUUUUUAUUCAAAAAUUGUCAAUGAAAUUAAGGAUUUUAAAGUUCCAAAAUGUCAUGGUUGUUGUGAAGCAAUACCGUUAAAAAAAUCUGGUGCACUUAUAAUGGAUCUUCUAGAUACUUCUGAAGCUGAUAUUAUACCAAUCAAGUAUUCUUAUAAUAUUGAUCAAGCAAAAUCAGUUAUUGAUGAAAUAUUUAAACUACAACUUUUUUCUUACACUGAUGGUAAAAAUUGGAAAAGUAAACUUCAAUAUAAAACAGAUGUAAAUUUAACAACAGUAGUAAAAAAUAUUGUUAUGAUACAAUGGGAAAAUUGCAAAAAAAUAAUUCCAAAAUACCUUCUUAAUGAAAUCGAAGAAGACUUUGAAUGCUUAUUAUCCAAUUAUCCUCAAAUUGCUUUACAUCAUAUUUAUCACCUUCCUGAAGCGCAAGGAGUUAAUGCUGUGAUUUGUCAUGGAGAUAUGUGGGUAAACAACAUAUUGUUUUCUAAAGAUUCUAAAGGAAGAUUUACAAAUGACGUUAAAGGAAUCAUUGAUUGGCAAUUGGUUUAUGAAGGUGCAAUUGGUGUAGACUUAGCACGACAUCUUGCUGUCAAUUGUGCUCCGGAUAUAAGACGUGAGAUUGAAAAUAAAUUUCUUCCAGAAUAUUUUAAUAAAUUAAAAAAUGAAGUUAUAAAAAGAAAUGAAUCAUUUGAUAUGAUAUAUGAAACAUUUAGGCGAAUUUAUGAUUUUUGCUAUAUUGACCAAUUUGUUCACAUUAUUACAACUAUUGGAAUCAGUAUUAGUCAAUUAAAUUUGUCCGAAGAAAAUAUCAAUACUUUAGAAGCAAGAAAUUUUUCUUUCUCUUCUAAAAUAUAUUUUGGUAUACGUGACGCCGUUGAUAGAGUUAAAAUAUUAAAACCUGAAUGGUUAAUAAAAAAAAAAUUAACGUGA